ACUUGACGAUCUAACUAAUCGUUGACUAAAAGUCAAAAUGAAAGCAUUAGACAUUUGUAAUACGUUGAUGAUUUUCGGAUUGAUAUCCACUGUAGCAUCCUGCUUUGAAACCCGUGCUCAGGAACCCAAUUGUGAGGGCCUUUGUCCGGAUGGUUGGGUCUACUUCCGGUGUUCAUGUUAUCUCUUCAUGGACAUCAUGAAAGCUAGUUGGACAGAGGCGGAGCAUCACUGCGAGACACAUAAAGCCACUCUGGUAAUAAUCGAGACGAACGCCGAGAACCUCUUUGUUAUAGACUUUGCACGACGCCUUUACAAAACUGACAGGAGACCAACCAACUCCUUCUGGAUUGGGGCAACAGACACGGUCACAGAGGGUUUGUGGACAUGGUAUACCGACGACUCCCCAUUGAAUUUCACUGGAUGGGCUCCAACUGAGCCGGACAAUAAGGUCGACCAAGAUUGUGUACUCCUGGGUGGGCCUUACAACUACCUUUGGGACGAUGAUCAUUGUUCUUUGACUGCCAGUUUCAUCUGCGAAAAAGGGUUGUCGUACUUAUCUGGACCAGAUCUAAUUGGAUGAAAACUCAUCUUUUCAACGUGCUGUAGCAUCACAAGUUACGAAACAAAUGAUAUUGAGAUUGUUAUUAUUACUUGAU